CAUCGCGUUAAUUGAGCUGCUUGAAAGACUUUGGUCUGUGCACAGUGAUCAGGAUAAGCCCUGGGCCUUAUCUGGAUAUUUAGCUAAUACAAUACUUUCCCCGAAAUUCCCCCACCCAAACCAAUGGCUCAAAAGUCACCUUCUACCUCUGAUUGUACUUCAAGUGACUCCCCUUAUGUUCAAGAUGCUCAAGAAACAGAAAAUCUCGCCCCUCCUAGAUCAUCCGUGCCACCUAACCCAGCAAUUGAAGGCCGGCUCUCUCAAUAUGACAGCCAGUGCUACUUGAAAGAUGCAACUCCUUUCUUGUUAAAGACAUCUUAUGCAAGCUGCAUCGAGAUCGAAGGUGUUUAUUAUAUCGGGGUUUGUGGCUGCAUAUAUAAGCUUGGUAUUGAGAACAAGUGGAAGUGCAUUGAUUGCCUUGGUGCACAAAAGUUGUUUGGCCUGGGACGCUUGGAGGAAAAAUUAGCUGUGGUGGGAGGCCUUAUGCAUGACACUGGAAAAGUGACCGGUGAUGUCAUUUGCUAUGACAAUGGUAAGCGCUUGGAAUCCAAAUACCCCGCCAUGCCAACUCCUCGUUCAAGUCCAACGAUUGCCUCCAGUGAUAGAUAUCUCAUUGCUAUUGGGGGUAGAAAUGAUGACGAUGCCCUGUUGCCCAUUAUUGAAAUACAUGAUUCUAAAAUACGUCAAUGGUACAAGUCCCGCCUGUUCAUUCCCAAUGAGAUUUUAAGCUCACGAAUGUCUGCAGUAUUAGUUGAUGAUAGCGAUCUCUUUGUUGCUGGCAACUUAGAUGAAGAAUGUGGAAAUAAGUGCAUAACCGCAUCACUCAAUUAUAUGCUCGGAAGGAAAGGAAACCAAUUUUCUCAGUCAGCACUCCAAGUUGGUUUGUCAUUGGCGAAGCCAAUAGCAGAUGGAAAAGCAUCGGGUAAUUCUGGCUAUAAUGAAAACAAUCCAACUUCUGAUUGGAACUAUACGGAAAAAACUCCAAAGUUUGGCACCAUCGCAUUGAGCAAUAAGACGAUAUUUUUGUUCAGUGGUGAUAAAGUUUUUACUUAUCAUCAGUCUACCAAUGAGUGGGCCUAUAGAGCUAAAAUUGACAAGGCAGUUCUGGCUGGUGCAAGUGCUCUUGUAUUAAAAGAAUCAAUUCUGUUCAUAGGGGGAAAGAUUGAUGGAGAGGACCAAAAGACUGUUAAGGAAUUUGUAGUUACAUAGAUCUAAUUAUUUUUUUGCAAUUUUGACACUAAAAUAUAAAAUUAAUUAUUUUACCCGCCAAUUGCCGCGAAACGGGCCAUGAAUUUCUAGAUCUAUGAAUUACAGCAGUAUUGCUGUUUUGAUGUUUAUCGAUGGUGGCCAUGGAUAUCAGUGAAUUCAUUGCCAUUUCUCUCUCUUUGCCGCCCAUUCAUAUCUAUUCCUCCCUUCAGAAAGGUGCUUACACUCAAGCCUACUUCUCCUGUCUACUUGUGUCUUUUUCUUUCUUUGAUUCAGUCUUAGGGGAUGUUGGGUGGCUAUUGAUAGACUCGUAGCCUGAAAGAUUAUGGCCUACUUUAAAGCAUUUAUUUAUCUUGUCUUUCUCUUUGGAGGAGCCUUUGGACAAGGUAAUUCCUCGCAUUGAAUGUAUAAAUCAAUUUAAUCAUAAUAAUAAAUUAUAAUAAUACCC